AUGAGCUGUGAUCAACUACUGAAUCCAGAUAACGGGUAUAUUUUGAACGACACAAUCAAACUCGAAGUAAUCGUUUCUGCCGAUGCCCCUCACGGAGUCCAAUGGGAUUCGAAAAAACAUGCGGGUUAUAUUGGUUUAAAGAAUCAGGGUGCAACUUGCUAUAUGAACUCAUUACUUCAAGCGUUUUUCUUCACAAAUCAACUGCGAAAAGCUGUUUAUGAAAUGCCAACCGAAGAAGAUGACUCAGAAUCCUCAGUAGCUCUUGCAAUGCAACGAGUAUUUUAUGACCUCCAAUAUUCUGACAAACCGGUUGGGACGAAGAAACUUACGAAAAGUUUUGGAUGGGAUUCACUCGAUUCGUUUCUUCAGCACGACGUUCAAGAACUGUGCCGCGUGCUGCUGGAUAACUUGGAAAGCAAGAUGAAAGGCACAAAGGUCGAGGGCACCAUUCCACAACUUUUCCGUGGCAAGAUGAAAUCUUUCAUUCGCUGCAUCAACGUUGACUACGAGAGCUCGCAUGUGGAUGACUUUUACGAUGUGCAAUUGAAUGUCAAAGGAAACAAUGACAUCUUGCAAUCAUUCCGUGAUUAUGUGGACUCGGAGAGAUUGGACGGUGAGAACAAGUAUGAUGCUGGCGCUUACGGAUUGCAACCUGCAGAGAAAGGAGUCAAAUUCUUGACCUUUCCACCAAUUUUACAUCUUCAGCUCAUGAGGUUUCAAUACGACGCGGCCAUUGAUGCAAAUGUGAAAAUAAAUGAUCGACUUGAAUUCCCGGAGCGCCUGAAUCUCAACGAUUUUGCGGACAACCGAAGCGAAGACAACGAUUUUACCUAUGUGCUCCAUGCCGUUCUUGUUCACUCCGGCGAUUUUCAUGGCGGGCAUUACGUGGUCUUCAUCAACACUAAGCUCAAUCAGCCUCAUUCCUGUUGGUGCAAAUUUGACGACGAUGUGGUCUCGCGAUCAUCUUUCAAAGACGCCGUCACAGCAAAUUAUGGAGGAGAAGAUUUGGAGACGCCCGGGCGAAUUUACACCAACGCUUACAUGCUUGCCGAACGGAAUGAGGAGGCUUAUCGCAAGAAGGAGAAACAAGAGACUCAUUUGUUCACGGAGAUCAUGUUGAUCCGAGAAGAGAAAUUUCAAAAUCAUCACGGCUUUGACCUUUUCGAUGUACGACUUCUUGAAGACGAGUGCCAGAAAGAAAAGGUAAAGAAAAAGAUGAACUUGGAAGAGCUUUACCAAUUUGUGGCAAGUCGGGUUUUUGGUGCGGAAGGGGAAAAUAGACUUCGAAUGGAUUUCCGUUUGUGGCUUUUCACUGACAAUCCGCCCCGCGAAGAGACUGGCGUUAGCUUGGCAAGGAUGAGGCCAUCGACAUUGAUUACACGAGAUCGAAACAAAUUGCUCGAGGACACCUUUGACAGCGAUAGGAAUUUGAUAUUUGUGGAGACUCCAACACUGUCCAAUAUUGGAAAACGUCUCUCCCUACAACAAUAUGAUGACAAAAGUAAU